AUGGUGUCCGAGAACCGCGCAGCAUUCCUCGUCGAGAGGGGAGAGUCCCUCCAGGUUGGCCCUGCCCCAGUCACCAACCCUGGGCCGAACCAAGUCCUUGUAAGAAAUCGGGCUAUUGCCAUCAAUCCUGUAGACUGGAUGAUGCGCGACCAAGGGGUGUUUCCGGGGGAAUUGCCCGACAUUCUGGGCUGCGACUUGGCUGGAGAUAUUGUCGAAGUUGGGACCGACGUCAAGGGCCUCAAGGUUGGCCAGCGAGUACUGGGCCACGCUCUCCGGAUUGGCACUGGCAACAUUGCACAUUCUGCAUUCCAAGAAUACACCGUCGUUGAGGCUCAGGCUACUACGCCCUUGCCAGAUAGCAUCUCAUACGAGGCAGCGUCCGUGCUCCCAUUGUCGCUCUCAACGGCCGCACAAGGCCUCUAUUCAAAGGCGCACCUCGCCUUGCCACUUCCAUCCCACAGCCCAGACAUGACGGGUAAGACUAUUCUUGUUUGGGGUGGCAGUGGGAGCGUGGGCGCGGCAACGGUGCAACUGGCAAGCGCCUCGGGACUUACAGUGAUCUCCACCUCUUCCCCAAAGAACUUCGACUUCGUGAAAGGGCUGGGUGCGAAAGAAGUGUUUGAUUACAACAAGUCCAGCGUGGUGGCCGAUGUUGUUUCCGCUCUUCAAGGACAAGAUUUGGUCGGUGCCUUUGAUGGUAUGCUUCUUUACUGCUCAUCAGCUCAACCGCUAACGUGCAAUGCAGGCACUGGAAGCAAAGACAGUGCUGAAGCUGUUGCUCAAGUUAUGUCUCAGCUUGGUGGCGGCAAGAUCGCAAGCGCAUUGAACACGGCUGAGGCUCCUCACGUUGCAGCAACGAUGGGUGAGUACUUCCAGGACCAUCUAACCAGAACACAGUAUCACGACUUCCUGCCCAGGGCCCUAGAGACUGGCCAACUGAAGCCCGCACCGCCAGCCCGGGUGGUUGGAAGAGGUCUGGAGGCACUUGAUGCCGCAGCCACGGAACUCAGUAAAGGGGUCAGUGCAACCAAAUUAGUCGUCACUCUAUAA